AUGGUGGCAGACGAAGCACAAACUUCCUCAGUCCGACAGCCCGAUUCUGAAAGGAACCAACAACUCAAAAUGGCGCCUCCGGGAACAUUUAGUUUCGUGCCAGCAGAGUGGCCGAAGUAUAUAACUAGAUUCAAAAGGUAUAUGAGCGUAUCGGGAAAUGAAGAAUUAAGUGAUAAAAGUAAAAUAGAUUUUCUGUUAUACUCGAUGGGAGAUAAGGCAGAAGACAUAAUUAUUCAAUUUGAUAAAAAUUUAACUUAUACAGAGUUACUUCAGAGUUUUGACAAAUUUUUCUUUCCCAAGAAGAAUGUAAUUUACGAAAGAUUCAAAUUUAACUCAAGGGUACAAAAGGAAGGGGAAGAUUUUGAUCAAUUUGUCACGGAUUUGCAUAAGUUAGCAGAGGGAUGCGAGUAUAACUUGUUAAAAGAAGAACUUAUACGAGAUAGAGUAGUGAUUGGCAUAAGGGAUAGAAAUAUAAGUGACAGGAUGCUCUUAAAAAAUGACUUAAAGCUUGAGGAGGCUAUUCAAAUGGGAAAGCAAGCGGAAAUACAAAAAAAAGAGAGUAUGAUUAUAAGAGAAAAUAAGGAAGAAAGUGAAAUAAAUAGGGUGAAAGUAGGAACAACAACAGCACAAAGAAACAACGAAGAACUACAAUUAAAAGGAAAUUGUUGGUUUUGUGGACAAAAAAGACAUCCUAGGUGCAAAUGUCCAGCAUCAAAUAUAACAUGCUUCAAGUGUCGAAAAACGGGGCAUUUUGCUAGGUUGUGCAGAGCCAAGAUAGUAAAAAAUAUUGAGAAGGAAGAAAUAGGAACUACAUAUGAGGUUAGUUUCUGUGAGUCAAAACAAAAGUAUUUAAUAGACGUAGAUGUUUUUCAAGAGGACCAGUUUAUAAGUAAAGUAAAAUUUCUUAUUGAUACAGGAGCAGACAUAAGUGCUAUACCAGACAAUAUUAUAAAAGGAUGUGGACUCUCUAUAGUGAAAAGUGAUGAUGUGAUCAAAGGACCAGAUGGGACAAAAUUAGUGGUUUUGGGAACUACUAAUUUAAAGCUUAGGUCUUUUAUUGUAAGUACCAGUAAAGGGAAAUAUAGACGAAAUAGAUGGCAUCUGAAUAAAGCAAUUGAUUGUAAUCCAUCGUAUGGGGAUUCAAGUUUUUUACAUUUUGAUGAUGUUUGUAGUGGGGGUUAUAAUAAUACUGAAGGUCAGUCAUCGGGUGUUUCAGAUCAAAAUGAGAUAUUGAUCAAUACAGAUAUAGCAAGCUCGGCGGAGGAUGAAUCUAUAAAUAAUAAUGGAGAGCAAGUUCAAAGAAGAUCUGAAAGACUUGUUAGACGACCUAGAUAUUUAGAUGAUUAUGAGUGU